AUGGAACGCGAAUCGAUUGAGCGAAACUUCGACGCCUACGUGACGAAACUAGGCGAUCCAAACAUUGAAACUAAAUUAAAAUGCGCAGCUGCGGUUGAGAUCCGUGACUCCCUGGAGCAUCUGUGCUCGGGCGCUACAUACCCCAUUUUCCUGGCGAAACUAUGGCCGGCGUUCAAGAAAGUGCUAAAGGGGGAACCGGUGUUUAUCAGUCUCUCAUUUGAGCAGAAACUACGGAACUGUAUCCUAGAGAUCCUCCAUCGCCUACCUCUAGAGCUUCCGGAAGUUGAGCCAUAUGCUGGUGACAUGGUUGACCUGCUCAUAGAACUUGUGAGAAAUGAGAACGAGGAUAAUGCCGUCAUCUGUAUGAAAACUAUCAUGGACCUCCAACGACGACAAAUCAGGGCGACGCAAUCACGAGUUCAAGCUUUUCUGGAGCUCAUCCAAAACAUGUUUGAAGGGAUGCCGCAGGUUGUGCGAGAUACUUUUGAUACCCCUCAGGCCCAGACUUCCACUCCUGGAAUGCCUUCGACACCCAACACGGCGGCUCAGAACUUCCAGUCCCCACGCCCUAGUUCUCCGGCUACUUCUGUAUCUGACCUGGGACCUGAGCAGCAGCAAACAAACCAAAUGUUAGCGAAGGGUAUGCAUUCGUUCAAGGUGCUUGCGGAGUGUCCUAUCAUCGUCGUCUCGAUCUUCCAGAUACACCGCCACCCUGUAACCACCAACGUGAAGGUGUUUGUUCCUCUUAUAAAGGGGAUAUUACUUCUCCAAGCGCGGCCGCAAGAGAAGGCCCACAACGAAGCCAGAGCGCAGGGGAAGAUUUUUACCGGGGUCAGCAAAGAUAUCAAGAACAGAGCCGCCUUUGGGGAAUUCAUCACCCUGCAGGUCAAGACGAUGAGUUUCCUUGCCUACCUACUAAGAGUUUAUGCAAGUCACCUCCAGGAUUUCCUUCCUUCUUUGCCUGGAGUCGUCGUUCGUUUGCUGCAAGAUUGUCCCAGGGAGAAGUCCAGUGCGAGGAAGGAGCUCUUAGUCGCAAUCCGCCAUAUCAUCAAUUUCAACUACCGCAAGAUAUUCCUUGAAAAGCUUGACGACCUCUUAGACGAGCGGACAUUGAUCGGUGAUGGUCUUACGGUGUAUGAGGCGCUCAGGCCACUAGCUUACAGCAUGUUAGCCGACCUGAUACACCAUGUGCGCGAAUCCCUUACUCGGGACCAAAUUCGUCGUACUCUCGAAGUCUACACUAGGAAUCUUCAUGAUGAUCUUCCUGGAACUAGCUUUCAGGCAAUGAGCGCGAAGCUGCUCCUCAACAUGGCCGAGAAAAUAGCUAGCAUGGAGAAUAAGAAGGAGGCGCGGUACUUCCUUAUCAUGAUUCUGGAUGCUAUUGGGGACAAGUUCGCCACCAUGAACUAUCAAUACAACAAUGCGGUUAAGGCAUCGAAGCUCGUCAAGCAGAAUGCAGAUAAUUUGUCAGAAGGAUACCUUGCUGAUAAGAACCAUCCUCCGGACUGGGACGAGAUUGAUAUAUUCACUGCAGCACCGAUAAAAGCCACCAAUCCCAGAGAUAGGAAUGCUGACCCUGUCAAUGAUAAUAAGUUCUUGUUUAAGACUCUUAUUACUGGUUUGAAGGGUCUGUUCUAUCAGCUAAAGAGCUGCAACCCAGAGGAUCUAAAACUAGACCCAUCGUACACACCUGUUAACUGGGCAGAAGUCUCGUUUGGAUACAAUGCUGAAGAAGUCCGUAUUAUCAAAAAACUCUUCCACGAAGGUGCGGGACUUUUCAGAUAUUAUGGUGCGGAUAGCAAGGAGCCUGAGAUUCAAUAUGCAAGCCCUCUUGAGUUUCUCUCUAGCCAGUAUAUGCGACACAUGAGCUCCGAGGAAAAGGAGCUUCUUGAAAGCUUUGGGACUAUCUUUCACUGUGUUGAUACUGCGGCAUUCCAUGAAGUUUUCAAGAGUGAGAUUCCCUAUUUGCACAGCCUUAUGCUGGAGCACAGCGCCCUGCUUCAUCUCCCGCAAUUCUUUCUCGCGAGCGAAGCCACAUCUCCUGCCGUUGCUGGGAUGACUCUACAGUACUUGAUGGAACACAUCCAUGAAGUUGGGUCUGCGGAUGUCGCCAACUCCCGGAUUCUCUUGAGAAUGUUCAAGCUUUCGUUCAUGGCUGUCACACUAUUUUCGGCACAGAACGAACAGGUACUUCACCCGCACGUCACCAAGAUUGUUGCCAAGUGCAUUGAGUAUUCUGUGACUGCAGAAGAGCGGAUGAAUUAUUUCCUGCUUCUCAGAUCCCUUUUCCGAAGUAUUGGAGGUGGACGCUUUGAGUUACUCUACAAAGAAUUACUGCCCUUGCUGGAGAUGUUACUGGAAACUUUCAAUAAUCUUCUACUUGGCGCUAGGAAGACACAGGAACGUGAUUUAUAUGUGGAAUUGACGCUGACUGUCCCAGCACGACUUAGCCACUUGCUUCCUUAUCUAAGCUAUCUCAUGAGGCCGUUAGUUGUUGCUCUCCGGGCAGGGUCAGAUCUUGUCAGCCAAGGUCUUAGAACCCUUGAGCUCUGUGUUGACAACCUGACUGCCGAUUACCUGGAUCCAAUUAUGGCUCCGAUAAUGGACGAGCUUAUGACUGCUCUCUGGGAUCAUCUCCGACCAAACCCUUACAGCCACUUCCAUGCCCACACCACGAUGAGAAUUCUUGGGAAGCUUGGUGGGCGAAAUCGAAAAUUCCUUAAUCACCCUCCUGAGCUCUCAUUCCAACAAUACUCCGAUGAUACACCGAGCAUGGAUAUCAAACUUAUUGGGUCUAAUAAGGAUAGGGCCUUUCCUCUCGAUAUCGGAAUUGACCUUGCCCUAGGGAAGUUACUUGACUCUCCUGCAGCCAAUGCAUCCGAGACUGUGCAGAAGGCAGAUUUAUUCUACAAGAAGCAAGCGUACCGCAUGCUGAGCUCUCAGCUCAAGCUCUAUAUUGGUUUCGAGCAUCCACCCGAUGACCUGGCAACACUCCUACGCCUUCAGGCCAAUGAUCUAGCAGAUGGGAAGUUCUCUGGGACAGUGGAUAUCUUGGAGAAGUCUGAUCGUCAAUGCUCCUCCUCAAAGAGACUUGCACAAGAGACCACCCUCAAGAAGUUAUUGAAGGCUUGCAUAGUUGCAUCUACAAUCCCGCACUUGAAACAAUCUGCAACCGCUUUUCUAGCUGAUGUUUGCCGCCAUUUUACCAUUAUUGAAAUCGGAAGGUCUCUAGCACAAUCACGGCAUAUACGUCGUCCUUUCAGCGUGUCGCUGGGCGAAGGCCCCUUGUAUCUGGAUACAAGGACUCUUGCUGAUGCUGUGGUUGAAUGUUUAGCCUCUGAAAAUCCCGCGGUUCGUGACGCCGCUAAAGAGGUUAUCUUCAACGUCCGAAGUGCUGCCGUUGUUAUAUUCGGCUCUGCAGAGAAGGCAGGAAAACUCCCAUUCUUCCCCCAUCUCGGUAGAACGCUUUGCCAUGCUUGUCAUGAUGAGGAGUGGUUCACAAAGGCUGCUGGAAGCCUUGGUAUACAUCUUUUCGUUACUGAACUAGACUUGGGAAACGCUUGGUUGAUCGACCGGCAAGUUGAAUUCAUUCGAGCCCUUAUGUACGUGAUUAAAGACACGCCAUCUGAUUUCCCGGGAGCUACUCGAACCCAAGCCCAAAAGACAAUGGACUUGAUUCUCCGGAAAUGCAAUGAGGGCGUUUCCAAAGAGGAGCUGAAAAACGAACGGGGCCGAGUGUUGGCCUUGUGCGGCGUAUUGAGCUAUGAACUAUCCCAUAUGAACAAACAUGUUCGUCAGGCUGCCCAGAGUGGAAUAGCGACUCUUGCAACAACUUUGGGUGCGGAAGUUCAUGAGCUAAUUACUCCCGUCAAAGACCGACUUUUGAUGCCAAUAUUCAACAAGCCACUCCGUGCUUUACCCUUCCCUACUCAGAUUGGCUGUAUCGAAGCGAUAGCAUACUGCCUCGGUCUUCGUCAGAACAUCGUCACAUUUAAUGAUCAGCUCAACCGUUUGCUAAUGGAAUCUCUGGCCCUUGCCGACGUGGACGAUGAUGCCUUAGCAUCCAAACCAAAUGAGUUCAAGACUGCUGAGCAGAUCGUUAACCUUCGUGUCUCCUGUCUCCGUCUUCUGUCAAUGGCCAUGGGUUUCCCCGACUUUGCAAGCGGUCCACAGAGCCAUAGCCGCGCUAGAAUCAUUGCUUGUUUUUUCAAGUCGUUGUAUUCAAGAUCCCCCGAGAUUAUUGAAGCUGCGAACUCUGGCCUUCGCGAUGUUCUCACUCAGACCAACAAGUUGCCUAAGGACCUACUUCAGAACGGCCUUCGACCAAUUUUAAUGAACCUUCAGGACCCCAAACGUUUGAGUGUUGCUGGUUUGGAUGGAUUAGCUCGCCUUCUCACCCUACUGACGAACUAUUUCAAAGUUGAAAUAGGAUCACGGCUCCUGGACCACAUGAGAGUCAUUGCUGAUGAAAACAUCUUGCAAAGAGCAUCUUUCGGGCUUGUUGAACAGAAUUCUCCCAUGAAAAUUGUUGCUGCUAUCUUUAAUAUUUUCCACCUUCUUCCAGCAGCUGCGACCUCAUUCAUGGAGAACCUUGUUAACAAAGUCUUGUACUUGGAAGACCGGUUGAGACGGACAUCUAGCAGCCCUUUCAGAAAGCCAUUACUCAAAUACCUCAAUCGAUAUCCCCGAGAGAGCUGGAUUUUCAUGCAGGCCAAGUUCCAGGAAGAAAAACACGGGAGAUUCUUCGGUCAUCUCCUAGCAAGCCCCGAGAGUUCAGCAUUGCGUUCAACCAUUUUUGCGGAUUCCGAAACAUUAAUAAAACUCGCCUUCUUACAAGAAGAGUCCCCCCGCAAAAAUACCGCGGCAAUUAAUGGAAUCUACUUUGUCCAUUCGAUUUGCUCUCAUGAAGCUACUAAGGGAUUUUUGAAUGCCCAGCCUGACUUGAAGCGACACCUCUUGAACAGUGGCCGAGACUUGAAUUCUAAGCUGCGUAAUGACAGGCUCCCUCCAGACGAGCGGUUGAGAGUCGAACAAGCCCAAGAUCAGCUGUUGGAAAUAUUCACAAUUCAUCUUUCGCAGUCCCUUGAUGACCUUGAUUUCCUGUUCGAUGUUAUCGACAAGAUAUCUGCUGGUGAAUUGAAGACAACUCUUACGUUGCCAAAAUUUUUCUACCAGUACAUUAUCACAAACUCAUCCAUUGCUUACCGGAGGUCCGUAAUUUCUCGCUGCCUAGAUCUCUACAACCAGCGUACCUCAUCCCAGAAAUUGAAAACUUACGCCUUCCAUCAUCUUGUUAAUCCCAUACUUGCCAUGGAUGUGAAGAAUACCUGGGACAGUCCAACCCCUGGUACGGGAGUUCUUGAUCGGAGUUUAACCGAUCUUAUCCACAACCGACUAUGGAAACCACAGCUGGGUGAUCUUAGCGAAGAAUCUGGUCAGCCUGGGAUAGACCAUUCCCGCAUGGAGCUUCUUCAACUUUCCGCAUUGCUUAUAAAAUAUCACCAUGGCAUUGUUCAAGAAAGUAGAAAAGACAUCAUAAAGUUUGCAUGGAGCUACAUUCGUCUCGAGGAUACCAUCAACAAGUACGGAGCAUACGUACUAAUCAGUUAUUUCAUUGCACAUUAUGAAACGCCCUCAAAGAUUGUCGUCCAAAUCUAUGUCGCUUUGCUGAGAGCUCAUCAGAAUGAGGGAAAAUCUCUAGUUACCCAGGCAUUGGAAAUCCUGGCGCCUUCUCUUCCAAAGAGAAUUCUCUCCGGCCCCGACCCUCGUUUCCCAGUGUGGGCCAGAUGUCCUCGUCGCAUUCUAACGGAAGAGACAGCAAACUUACAGCAGGUCAUGAGCAUACUGCAAUUCCUUGUCCGACAGCCCGAUCUUUUCUACGAGUCCCGCGAAUACUUCAUCCCUCUCAUAAUCCCAUCACUUGUCAAGAUUGCAGGACCAACCAAUGUCUCUUUUGAUAGCAGAAAGCUCGUUUUACACUUGAUCAACCUUAUUUGGAUCUGGGAAGAGAAGCGAGUGACUGGAUGGCGAGACCCGACUUCACCAAACUCAGCGAAACGAAAAUUGGCCGAGAUGCAAGCGUCACCAUCAAUGAGUACUACACCACUCCCACAGAAAGAGCGUCCGGAAUACACCAUUCCCCUCGACUUGAGGACGCCCCUUAUCAAGUACCUUGUUACCUUUGUCUGCAGCCUUGUUGAUCGCUUCUCUGUACCUGCAGCGCGGUUCCGCGAUCUACUGCCACCAAAGCCUCACCAAGCGCUGAAUAACUAUGGUGAAAUUUGCAAGAAAUCAGUGGUUUUGCUCCGACGAUUCCUCUCUCCCGAGUACUGGCCUGAUGUGGAUAUUGACCUUUACCAAAAAACUCUAGAGCCUGUUUUAUGCAGCGAAAAGGCUGAGAAACCCGACGAAAAGCAUAUCACGGCCAUGGUCAACUCCCUCCAGGUUUUACGUAUUCUCUUGGCCGGAAAACCGAACAGCUGGAUUCUUGACCGCAUGUCUACCAUCCAGCAUCUUGUGGAAAAGGCUCUACGAUCCGAUAACCCCGAAAUCCAGGAUUGUUUACAUGGUGGCGAAGAGGAGAUGGACAUUUCUCCAAAGUUACCACCACCCAUCAAGAGAGUUUUGGAUGCGCUGCCACAAGAAGAGCCAGUGGAAGAAGAGGGUGGUAUGGAUGUUGAUAAGCCGUCUGCUGAAUUUGUAACCUUCCUCUCAACGGUCGCCACUGAGUCAAUUUCAAGUGGCAACUAUAUCGCUGGAAUUAAUAUUCUCUGGACACUUUCGAAAUGUCAACCUGCGGAGAUGGACCAGCAUAUACCCCAUGUCAUGAAGAUUUUUUCGCAAAAGCUUGCAAAGGACCACGUCGCUUCUUUCAACAAUAACCCACCAGUAGCAAAUCGGACUGCGGAACAACAGGCACAAGUGCCCGACCCCUAUGAAGUAGAGAUUGGCAUCGAUCUGAUCUCGAAAACUAUCGAUUUGAUCGCCGUUCGGAUGUCAAAUUUGGGUGAUCAAAGAAGGCCUUUCUUGAGUGUGUUGGCGCAAUUGGUUGAGAGGUCUCAGAAUAUUCCUCUUUGUACCAAGAUCCUAGGGAUGGUAGAGAACUGGAUCUUCCAGCCCACGGAAUCCUGGCCUACAUUAAAAGAGAAAACAGCAGUUCUUCAUAAGAUGCUGCUUUUCGAAUCAAGGACCGACUCAACAAUGCUUGGGAAGUUUUUGGAGCUUGUCAUUCGAGUCUAUGAAGACCCCAAGAUCACACGAACUGAGCUCACGGUCAGGCUAGAACAUGCUUUCCUAAUUGGUACAAGGGCUCAAGACGUUGAUAUGCGAACUCGUUUCAUGUCAAUAUUUGACAAGAGUUUAACACGAUCUGCCAACACUCGCCUGAGCUACGUUCUGACUUCACAGAACUGGGACACCCUUGCGGAGUCAUUCUGGCUCACUCAAGCUUCGCAGCUGGUGAUGGGAUCAGUUGAUAUGUCUGCAUCAGUCAAGCUACACCCAGACGACUUCACAAUUCCUCCUACAUCUUUCAUAUAUGGGCAUUCUGAGAAAGAUCCAGCUAAGGAGAAUGUUGUUGUCGAUAACCACCUGGAAGUUCUAGUUGCAGAACAGAAGAAAUUCUCUGCGGAACUUGGGGAUGUUAAAGCCCGCGAUAUUCUUGAGCCACUUACUGAGCUUCAACACGCGGACCCUGAAGUUGCAUACAAAGUCUGGGUUAGCUUAUUCACGAUCUGCUGGGCCUCUUUGACACGAGACGAGCGAAUUGAUCUGGAAAAAGGGAUGGUAUCACUUCUCACGCGUGAAUAUCACCAUAGACAAAUUGACGAACGGCCCAAUGUUGUGCAGGCGCUUCUUGAGGGAGUUAUCAGAGCUAGUCCUCGCUUCAAGAUACCUCCCCACGUCAUGAAGUUCCUCAGCCGCACGUUUGAUGCAUGGUAUAUGGCUGCUAUCGCUCUUGAACGGUAUGCGAUUGAUCCGGUCAUUGACACGCCAGUGGUUCGAGAGAGCAACUUGGACGCUCUUGUUGAGAUAUAUGCUGGAUUGCAGGAAGAUGACAUGUUUUAUGGUACCUGGAGAAGGCGCUGCAAAUUCGUCGAAACUAAUGCUGCUCUUUCUUACGAACAACAAGGGAUGUGGGAUAAAUCACAACAAUUAUACGAGUCGGCUCAGGUAAAGGCACGCACCGGCUCUAUUCCAUUCGCUCAAGCCGAGUACUUCCUUUGGGAAGAUCAUUGGAUGAUUUGCGCACAAAAGCUCCAACAGUGGGAUAUCCUGACCGAUUUUGCGAAACAUGAGAAUUUCAACGACCUGCUUCUGGAGGCCACUUGGAGAAACCUGGAGAAUUGGCAGGGUGACACCAAUCGUGAACAAAUUGACUCUCUUCUAAAGUCGGUUUCGGAUGCACCCACUCCACGCCGCACCUUUUUCCAGGCCUUCAUGUCCUUAUUAAAAUUCCACACGAAACAAGAGACUUUGCAGGAGUUCAAUAAUGUUUGUGAUGAAUCUAUUCAACUGUCGAUUCGAAAAUGGCACCAGCUUCCAAAGCGGAUCACCAACGCCCACAUUCCCAUCUUACAGAAUUUCCAACAACUUGUCGAGCUUCAUGAUGCCAGCGUUAUCUGCACCAGCCUUUCGCAGACCAACGAGCGCAACAUGGAUACAAAAUCUGCCGAACUGAAACUCCUUCUUACCACAUGGCGAGAUAGGCUACCUAAUGUAUGGGAUGAUAUCAAUGCCUGGCAGGACCUUGUCACUUGGCGACAACAUAUCUUCCAACUUAUCAAUUCCACAUACCUUAGCCUUCUCCCUCCUCAGACCAACAAUGUGGCAAGCAAUUCGUACGCCUUCCGAGGCUACCACGAGACUGCCUGGAUAAUCAACAGAUUUGCUCAUGUUGCACGGAAACACCAGAUGCCGGAAGUUUGCAUCAAUCAACUCAGCCGAAUCUACACUUUACCCAAUAUUGAGAUUCAAGAAGCCUUUUUGAAGCUGAGAGAGCAAGCAAAGUGUCAUUAUCAGAACCCGAAGGAGCUGAAUAGUGGACUAGAGGUCAUCAACAACACCAAUCUCAACUACUUCAACGCACAGCAAAAGGCAGAAUUCUACACCCUGAAGGGUAUGUUUUUGGCGAAAUUGGACCAUAACAUGGAGGCGAAUGAGGCAUUUGGGGUAGCCUUAUUCUACGACUUACGUCUGGCUAAGGCUUGGGCCGAGUGGGGCCAGUACAGCGAUCAACGAUUCAAAGCUGAUCACUCAGAUAUUGAUCAGGCUUGCAAUGCAAUAAGCUGCUAUCUUGAAGCCGCUGGCCUGUACAAAAACCACAAGUCUAGGAAACUCCUCAGUCGUAUUCUCUGGUUGUUAAGCCAAGACAACGAUGAAGGGAAAAUUGCAAGUGCGUUCGAGAAUUUCAAGGGGGAUACUCCUGUUUGGUACUGGAUUACCUUCAUACCUCAGCUACUUGCAAGUCUUGCACACCGGGAGGCUAGGCUAUGUAAGGCAGUUCUCGGGAAAAUCGCCAAGUUGUAUCCUCAGUCACUCUUCUUCUUGCUCAGGACCAGCCGCGAGGAUUACCUAGGCCUCAAGAAGUCACAAGAGCAGAAACAAGAAAAGUUCAAUCGUGCAAAAGCCUCGGGAUCUCCAACAACAAAGAGCGGUUCCCCAGAGGCCAAGUCUUCUAUGCUUCCAGAUGCUGCGGCGGCCUCGAGCUCACCGAGGGCUGUAGCGUCUCCAAAGCCAACGCCCCCAGUGGCAAACGGACAAACUCCUAAUGAAGGUGACGCAGCUCAAAAGGAUAAACAACCUUGGGAAUAUGCCGAUGAAACAAUGGCAGGUCUUAAAACAGCUUUCCCUCUACUUGCCUUGACUAUGGAGACUAUGGUGGACCAGAUACAUAAGAAUUUUAAAUGCCCACCUGAUGAAGAUGCUUACAGACUUAUCGUUGCUCUACUCAAUGAUGGCCUUGCAUAUGUGGGCCGUAUGCCUACAUCGUAUGCACAAGACUGCAAACUUCCACAUUCUACCGAAGCAAAUAUUACCCGUUUUGCAGAAACGAUUCUUCCUGCACACAUUCGAAAGUCGUUCGAGGCCGAUUUUGUCACCAAGAAACCAACCAUGUACGAGUACAUCCAUAAGCUGCGACGAUGGAGGGACAAGUUUGAAGAGAAGCUGGACCGCCGGCCACAAUAUGCCCAUUUGGAGUCGUUUUCGUCUCACCUUAGCGAAUUCAAGUUCAUGAAAUUUGAUGAAGUUGAAGUUCCUGGACAAUAUCUUGAACAUAAUGACAAGAACCAAAAUUUUGUCCGCAUUGAUCGGUUCCUCCCCCACGUUGAUCUAGUGCGUGGAAUUGGGGUAUGCCAUCGUCGUUUGAGGAUUCGUGGCCAUGAUGGCAGCCUACACACGUUUGCUGUCCAACAUCCUGCAGCCCGCCACUGUCGUCGUGAGGAGAGAAUGCUUCAGCUAUUCCGAAUCUUCAACUGUGUGUUAAGGAAGCGUAAGGAAAGCCGUCGACGCAACAUUUACUUCCACCUUCCACUCAUGGUUCCUUUUGCACCGCAUAUCCGCUUGGUUAAGGAUGACCCAUCCUAUAUCUCUUUGCAGGGUAUAUACGAAGACCACUGCCGCCAGACUGGAAUGGCCAAAGAUGAGCCGGUUCUGUUCACAAUGGAGAAAAUGCGAGCUCUGGCAGAAGCAAAAGCGAAUGUAAGUGUACAAAAUGUGGACAACCCAAAUCCAACUUCAGCUAACUCUUUUCAGCGGGCCCCCGAGCAGGCUGGAAUCCUUCGUACCGAGAUUUUCGACGCUAUCCAAAAGAAAUGGGUCCCCAACACCAUUCUUUUGCAGUAUGUCCAGCAGACGUAUCCAAACUUUGCCGACUUCUGGCUCUUCCGACGACAAUUCUCAUACCAGUAUGCUGCGAUAGCCUUCAUGACUUACGUGAUGCAUAUGGGCAACCGAUACCCAAGCAAGAUACAUAUCUCUCGGAGGACAGGCGAUAUUUGGAGCUCUGAGUUGAUCCCAGCAAUGAACUCUGCCAGGGCUAUAUUUUACAACCCAGAACAGGUUCCCUUCCGGUUAACUCCCAACAUCCAAACGUUGAUGGGACCGUUGACAACGGAAGGCAUCUUCGCUUGUGCUAUCAUGGCUAUCGCUCGCUGCCUCACUGAACCAAGGCUCGAAUUGGAACAGCAGCUCAGCAUAUUUGUACGGGAUGAGCUUGUGAUGUGGGCAAGCGCGCAGCAGCGUGUUCUACAGCAGCUUAAGGAUAUGGUGCAGAGCAAUAUCGACUAUAUCGUGAACCGAGCAGCCAGCUUGACAAGUUCUCCAGACGGAAAUCUUCCUGCAAACCAGUCGGUUAUUGACCUCAUUUCUCGGUCCGUCAAUCCUCACAACCUUGCCCAGUGUGAUGCUUUAUGGAUGGCAUACGUGUAA